AGCGGGGCGGGCCGGCGGGCGCCAUGGCGCUGCCCGUGCUGUCGAGCUCAGGGAUGAAAUUCCGGCGGGUGCUGGCGCACUUCCCUCAGGAGCUCAGCCUGGCCUUCGCUUAUGGGUCCGGAGUCUUCCGGCAGGCGGGGGCUUCGGCCGGGCAGGGCGAGAACAAUAUGCUGGACUUUGUGUUUGUUGUUGAUGAUUCUGUGACCUGGCACAUGAUGAACUUGUUAAAGAACAGGAGUCAUUACUCCCUCCUAAAAGUUUUUGGGCCAAAACAGAUAAGUAGUAUACAGAGCUACGGAGCAGGGGUUUACUACAAUACUUUAGUGCCAUGUAAUGGUAGGAUGAUAAAAUAUGGUGUAAUUAGCACUGACACCCUGAUUGAUGAUUUACUUCACUGGAAAACCCUCUAUGUUGCUGGACGCCUGCAAAAACCAGUGAAGAUCCUGACCCAGAAUGAGAACAGCAAGCUGCAAGCUGCCCUCGUUAGCAACCUGAAGAACGCGGUCACUGCCGCCUUCCUCAUGUUGCCAGAAAGUUUCUCUGAAGAGGACCUCUACAUGCAGAUUGCAGGACUCUCCUAUUCUGGUGACUUCAGAAUGAUAAUAGGAGAAGACAGAUCCAAAGUGCAGAACAUAGUGAAACCUAAUGUUCCCCAUUUUCAGAAGCUGUACAGUAACAUAUUACAGGACUGCCCUCAAGUGGUAUAUAAACACCAUCUGGGAAGGCUAGAGAUUGAUAAAAGCCCAGAAGCUCAGUUCACCCAGCUAAUGGCUUUGCCAAAGACUCUGCAGCAAAAGAUAACUUCUCUGGUAGACCCUCCUGGAAAAAACAGAGAUGUGGAAGAAAUCUUAAUGCAAGUUGCCCAUGACCCUGACUGUGGAUUCGUGGUGCAUCAAGGCAUUUCGGGAAUUGUGAGAUCUUCCAGUAUAGUGCAGAGUGCUAAAACCAUACUAACAGCUGGGGCAAAGAAGUCUAUAACUUACAGUAUGAAGAAACUAUAUAAAAUGACAAAAGGAUGGUUAAGGAAAACAUCUUGAGUCUUGACAUACUGUGUAUGGCUGUCUUGUCUGUCUUCAUCUUAUGGGAACCUCCAUGGGGUGGAAUCUUCUCUAGAACAAAGCAAGCAAAAAGUACUUGUGGUUAAAUAUUCUGAAAAAACAGUUAGUGGUGUUCAGAUUUCUGUUCAACUCUGGAAGUACCUCAUUGUUUGCUUGAAGAUGCUGCUGCUGUUACGACCCUGCGCCAGCUGAAAUUAUACUGUCUCUUUUAAUCUUCCUCUGGAUGGUGGGGCAGGCAAUUAUGAGGAGGGCAAGCUUUGUCUUGAAGCAGGUAAUAAAUAACCAUCUCCAUUGACUUACAGUUUGGAUCAACUUGUCUGUCUGGAAUUACUGCAAUUUAAUGCA